AUGAAGGUUGAGCUGGAGCUGGAGCAGGAGCAGGAGGAGGAGCUGGAUCAGGAGCAGGAGGAGGAGCUGGAUCAGGAGCAGGAGGAGGAGCAGGAGGAGGAGCUGGAUCAGGAGCAGGAGGAGGAGCUGGAUCGGGAGCAGGAGGAGGAGCAGGAGGAGGAGCUGGAUCAGGAGCAGGAGGAGGAGCUGGAUCAGGAGCAGGAGGAGGAGCUGGAUCAGGAGCGGGAGCAGGAGGAGGAGCAGGAGGAGGAGCUGGAUCAGGAGCAGGAGGAGGAGCUGGAUCAGGAGCGGGAGCAGGAAGAGGAGCAGGAGGAGGGGCUGGAUCAGGAGCGGGAGCAGGAGGAGGAGCAGGAGGAGGAGCAGGAGGAGGAGCUGGAUCAGGAGCGGGAGCAGGAGGAGGAGCUGGAGCAGGAGGAGGAGCUGGAGCAGGAGCGGGAGCAGGAGGAGGAGCAGGAGGAGGAGCUGGAUCAGGAGCGGGAGCAGGAGGAGGAGCAGGAGGAGGAGCUGGAUCAGGAGCGGGAGCAGGAGGAGGAGCUGGAGCAGGAGGAGGAACUGGAGCAGGAGGAGGAGCUGGAGCAGAAGUGA